GAACCAUUUAAAUUUUCCAUGCGAACGAUGAGAUUGUGUUUUCUUUUGCUGGUCUGCGUGAUAGCAGUGAAUGCCUGGCCCAUUGAGGAUCUGUCGCGGCGCGUGAGCGGCGGCAAUGGCUGGUAUGUGCCCCAGACGGACGGCUCCCUGCGCUGGGUGGGCAGAUUGGAGGGCGAACGAGAGUUGGCUCACUACGAGGCACAGGAGGCGAUCAUGGGUCGCCUGUCCACGAACACGGUCAACUUUUAUCUGUACACGCUGAGGAAUACCAACACGGGGCAGCAGAUCAAGGCGACUCGUGCCUCCAUUGAUGCCUCCAACUUUAAUCCCGAGAAUCCCACGAGGAUCACCAUUCACGGCUGGAAUGCCAACUACAAGGAUGGUGUCAACAGGAAAAUUGCCUCCGCCUGGUUCCAGAAGGGAGACUACAACAUGAUUGCCGUCGAUUGGGUGCGUGGCCGCUCCGCGGAGUACGUCUCUUCCGUUUCCGCUGCCCCUGGUGCUGGCAAGAAGAUCGCUGCGCUGAUCGAUUUCCUGGUGGGGGAAUACGGCAUGUCCCUGGACACCCUCGAGGUGGUGGGCUUCAGUCUGGGCGCCCACGUUGCCGGACACACUGCCAAGCAGGUCAAGUCCGGAGAUGUCGGCAAGGUUGUGGGUCUGGAUCCUGCCAUGCCGCUGAUCAGCUACAGCAACACCGCCAAGCGUCUGUCCAGCGAUGAUGCCAAAUAUGUGGAGUCCAUCCACACAGCUGGCGGCACCAUGGGCUUCACCAAGCCCAUUGGCAAGGCUGCCUUCUACGUGAACGGUGGCAAGUCGCAGCCGGGCUGCGGCCUCGACAUUGCCGGAAGUUGCGCCCACACCCGCGCCGUCACCUACUACGUCGAGGCUCUGCUGUGGAACAACUUCCCCACCAAGCGUUGCGACUCCUACAAGGCGGCCAACAAGAAUGCCUGCGGCGACAAGUACAGCUCCGUGCUGAUGGGCGCCACAGUGAACAUAUUCAUGGCCGAGGGCAUCUUCUAUGUGCCCGUGAACAAGCAGUCGCCCUUCGGUCUGUUAGAGCCGUUGGAGGAGUCGACAACUGUGGCACCUGCCAAGCCCACAACUGUGGCUGAUGAUUCCACAACUGCUGAGGAUUCCACAGCCGCCGAAGAUUCGAGCACUGUUACUUCUGCAGAAGAUUCCACCACCGCAGCCCCAGAGGAAGGAGAAGAUGACUCUUCCACCGCUGCCCCUGAAGAUGAUUCUACCACUGACGGUUCAGGGGAUUCUACAACCGCUGCCCCAGAAGACGACUCCACCACUUCUGCACCAGAAGAGGGAGGAGAUGACUCCACCACCGCUGCAGCCGAAGAUGAUUCCACCACUGCAGCACCAGAGGAAGAUUCCACCACGGCAGCACCAGAGGAAGAUUCCAGCACUGCUGUCACAGAGGAUGGAGAAGGUAAUGAUUCUAGCACAGCUGCACCUGAAGAUGACUCCACAAAUGAGGCUUCAGAAGAUGAUUCAACCACUGCUGUCACAGAGGAAGAUUCUACCACCGAAGCCCCAGAGGAAGAUUCCACUACUUCUGCACCCGAGGAAGAUUCUACCACUGAAGCUUCAGAGGAAGAUUCUACCACAGCUGCACCUGAAGAUGACACCACCAACGCUGCUCCUGAAGAAGAUUCCACUACUUCUGCACCCGAGGAAGAUUCUACCACAGCUGUCACAGAAGACGGAGAAGAGGACUCUACGACUGCUGUCACAGAGGAAGAUUCCACCACUGAAGCCCCUGAGGAAGAUUCUACUACAUCUGCCCCAGAGGUAGAUUCCACCACAGCUGAACCCGAAGAAGAUUCCACCAGUGACGGCUCAGAGGAAGAUUCCACCACAGCUGAACCCGAAGAAGAUUCCACCACCGCUGUCACAGAGGAUGGUGAAGAUGCUUCAACCACCGAAGCUCCUGUCACAGAAGAUCCGACAACAACGACAGCCGAAGACAUCAACACACCGAUAACCGAUACCCCUGGAGAGCGUCCCUCAACCGAUGGCCCCGCAGAUAACGAUAACGAUGUCUCGGGCAAGACCAAGAACAUUUACAUUUUCAACUUGUUCCUGAUAAACGUCAAAGUCAACCAAAAGUAAGACUAGACCGUUCCUAACCUAACCAAGUGAGCCCUGAACCGUGGGCGUGUUUCAUUCAACAAUAAAUCCAAAAGCAACAUGCCGAACAUUUCCACAUAA